GGCAAUUCCAGGAAGUGACGUUGUCUUCGCGCAUGCGUGCACUGAUCGGGUGGAAAAGCGAGAUGGCGUCUGACGGAGGAGUCCUCAAGUGGGCCUUUUAAUUCUGUACUUUUGACCGCAGAGUACGAGGAGGGACGUUGUCCAACCAAAGACGAGAAGGAGCGACAACAUCAACUACUGGACGCUGUUUUCAAGAAACAUCAAGUUGUGCUACACAGAACAGGCGUCUGUGAAGAACAUCUUCUACCUGAGCAAAAGGAGUAGAGCUUCAGGAUGCAGCAGGAGGAGCCACAGCCCUCUUACUUCAAAGAGGACGACAAGGACCCACUGACCCCCCAUUUUAAAGAGGAGGAGGAGGAACACGGCAUCAGUCAGGGGGGAGAGCAACAUGGGUGGUUGGAGGAGUUCCCAGUGAUUCGGGUUAUUGUGAAAGGUGAAGAUGAUGAGGUCAAAGGUGAAAGUGAGAAGAAGAGAGAGGCGGAGCCUCCAAGCAGCAGCUCAACACAACACAUGACAACAGAAGCUGAUGGAGACCACUGUGGAGGAUCACAAGCAGACAAGCUCUUAGCUCCACUAUCAGAUAGUGAGGACACAACGUCACACUCUCCUGACACUGACGAUGAAGACUCUGAUGAUGAUGAUAAGACAUGUCACACUGACAACGCACGCUUUAAGUGCACUCACUGUGACAAAACCUUUAAAUACCAUUGUCAUCUGAAAACACACAUGAGAAGACACACUGGAGAAAACCCCUUUAGCUGUUCAAAGUGUGGUAAAGGUUUUGCACGAAAGGAUGUGUUGAAAGAACACGCGAGAACGCACACUGGAGAAAAACCCUUUGCCUGUCCAACGUGCGGUAAAGGUUUUGUAGCGAGUCAAAAUUUGAAGGUACACAUGAGAACGCACACUGGAGAAAAACCCUUUAGCUGUCCUAUGUGUGGCAAAUGUUUUUUAACAAGUCAAAAUUUGAAAGUACACACAAGAACGCACACUGGAGAAAAACCUUUUUCUUGUUCAGUCUGUGGUAAGGAUUUCAAUCUAAGCGAAUCUUUGAAAGUACACAUGAGAAUACACACUGGAGAAAAACCUUUUACCUGUUCAAUCUGUGGCAAAGGUUUUAUCGAAAAGAAAAGUAUGAUGAAACACACAAGAACACACACUGGAGAGAGACCUUUCACCUGCUCAGUAUGCGGUAAAGGAUUUGCACAGUCUCAGUAUUUGAAAAGACACACAACAUUGCACACUGGAGAAAAACCUUUGCCCUGCUCAGUAUGUGGUAAAGGUUUUGCAUUAAGUCAACAUUUGAAAUUACACAUGAGAGUGCACACCGGAGAAAAGCCUUUUGUCUGUUCAAUCUGCGGUAAAGGCUUCGUUCGGAGGAACAAUUUGAAAGUACACUUGAGAACGCACACCGGUGAAAAACCUUUCUCCUGUUCAAUCUGCGAGAGAAGCUUUUGCGACCGAUCAUACUUUGUAGCACACAUGAGAACACACACCAGAGAGAAAGUGUUGAGGUGCAGCGUGUGUGGUGAAAGGUUCUCCUAUCAGUACCAGUGUGACAAACACAAGUGUGCUGGUGAGAACAGCAGCAGCCAAUAAAGUUGCAGGACUUAAAAAAAACAAAAAACUGUCAAGACUUUGACUUUCUAACAAAAUCAGCACGUGUGACAUCAUUGUUGUGUAACACAAUCUUGUUAAUAUGCUUCGAAAAGAUAUUCGAAAUGAGUGUUUUUUCAGUCAAGUACGUGCAUUACUAUACAACAUGGUGUACUUUUACUUAAAAAUGAACAGAACAAUUUGAAAAGGUGAGUAAACGGUACAAAACAAAUGUUACAAUAAAAGUUUUUGUGUAUAUAUAUUCAUAAUUCAAUGUAAUACUUAUUCAUAAUAGUGUUUUUAUAGGUAUUUGAAGUACAUAAUUACAUAUUUUCAUUUCUAAUGAUUCAGAAGAUGAAUCCCUCGUAGUUCAUAUUUACUGGUUCACAUCUGAAACAUCAUCUGGACCACUUCUGGAAGCGUAUUAUUAUUUACUUUAUACAUCAUUUUAACAGUUGUCUUAUAUACAAGAUAAUUAUUAACUUUUAAAAUGCGUGACUUAAUCAUUUGUUGGGUCUCCGUAAUCCAUUCUAUUAUCUUUAUUACUCUCUUCUGUAAUAUGAUGAUUGUGUUGUGAUGGUUUUACAUGUAUGUUCCCAAACCUUUAUGGAAUAUAUAAAAGAGAGAAGGUGGCAGAAGGUUAUGAAGAAUGGUCUUGUUUUUAAGAAUCUGCAUAUGUGAAUAAAGAACAUUUACCCAUGACAA